AUGUCCUACCCGCAGUUUGGAUACCCUUAUUCCUCUGCUCCCCAGUUCCUGAUGACCACCAACUCCCUGAGCACGUGCUGCGAGUCGGGCAGCCGCACACUGGCUGACUCCGGGCCUGGGGCCUCGGCCCAGGCGCCCGUCUACUGCCCUGUCUACGAGAGCCGGCUGCUGGCCACCGCGCGCCACGAACUCAAUUCAGCCGCUGCGCUCGGCGUCUACGGGAGUCCCUACGGCAGCUCUCAGGGCUAUGGAAACUACGUGACCUAUGGCUCUGAGGCGUCUGCUUUCUACUCGCUGAACAGUUUCGAGUCCAAGGAUGGCACAGGAUCUUCACACGCUGGCCUAGCACCCACCGCAGCAGCAGCCUACUACCCUUAUGAGCCAGCUCUGGGCCAGUACCCAUAUGACAGGUAUGGAACCGUGGACAGCGGCACGCGGCGCAAGAACGCCACCAGAGAGACCACCAGCACGCUGAAGGCCUGGCUGCAGGAGCACCGGAAGAACCCGUACCCCACCAAGGGAGAGAAGAUCAUGCUGGCCAUCAUCACCAAGAUGACCCUCACACAAGUCUCCACCUGGUUCGCCAACGCGCGCCGGCGCCUCAAAAAAGAGAACAAGAUGACCUGGCCACCUCGAAAUAAGUGCGCAGACGAGAAGCGGCCCUACGGAGAGGGUGAGGAGGAGGAGGCUGUGGAGGAGGAGUCACGGGAGGAGCCUCUCAAGAGUGCCAAGAGUGAAGGUCCUGUUGGCAAAGACGACAAGGAGCUAGAACUCAGUGACCUGGAAGAUUUCGACCCUCUAGAUGCAGAGACCUCAGAGUGUGAUCUGAAGACGCCCUUCCAGCCCCUGGACAGUGGACCAGAGAGGAUUCCUGCCUCAUCCGAUGGCCCUGGCCCAGGCAAGGAGGCCUCCGCCACGCUCCGGAUGCCUCUGGGCACCACUGGUGGAGCUGCCAUAGAUGAGGACCUGGAGAGGGGCCGGAGCUGCCUCCGGAGCACAGUGGUUGCGCCAGACUCUGGCUCCGAGGGCGGCCCCCAAGCCAAACUGAGCUUUGCCGCGGCGGGGGCGCCGCCGAGCCUCGAGACCAAGCCGCGCAUCUGGUCCUUGGCGCACACAGCCACUGCUGCUGCAGCUACAGCUCUGAGUCAGACUGAGUUUCCCUCCUGCAUGCUGAAACGCCAAGGUCCCGCGGGUGCAUCCUCGGCGCCGCCAGCGUCCUCACCUGCAGUCCCAGCCCCUUCAGGAGUCCUGGAAAGGCACCAGGACUCCCCAGUAACUAGUCUCAGAAACUGGGUGGACGGGGUAUUUCACGAUCCCAUCCUUAGGCACAGCACUUUGAACCAGGCCUGGGCCACCGCUAAGGGCGCACUUCUGGAUCCGGGUCCUCUAGGACGCUCUCUGGGGGCGGGCACCAACGUACUGGCUACGCCCCUGGCCUGCUCCUUCCCGCCCACGGUGCCCCCUGAAGCUCCACCUGCGGGGGCUGCCCGGGAGCUGCUGCCUACGCCCAAGGCCGGGGGCAAACCCUUCUGCACUUAA